AUGGCAGACGGAGAGAAGAGGGUCGACACAGAGUCACCGGUCCACAAGGACGGUGUCAUCCACCAAGAUGACGCGGCGAGAAAGAAGAGUAUCGCCGAGCUCACUCAGAACCUCGAGGGCGAAAUUCGCAACCCGCUCAAAGGAAUUCCCAAAGCACAGCUUCUCGAGCAGGUUGCCACCUACCAAAAGGCGCAGAACUUGCCGGAUGAUAUCCUCCCACUCCUCCAGAAGGGCGCCUUGGUUGCACAAAACCCAGCUCUAUUCGAGACCAUGGAAGAGCUCGACGAGAGCGAAAAGGUAGCUCUCAGGGAGGAAAUUACCCACAGAUGGAAACAUCCAUGGCCUCUUUACUACACCAUCAUCCUCAACUCUAUCGCUGCCGCAAUCCAGGGGUGGGAUCAGACCGGUUCCAAUGGCGCCAAUUUGGCCUUCCCCGUCGCUCUCGGUAUCCCCGACUCUGCUGGUUCUUCCUGCGGCCCUGUCGCAAACGAGGGGGACUGCGCAAAGAACAGUUGGAUCAUUGGCUUCGUUAACGCCAUGCCCUACAUCACCAUCUGUCUUUUUGCCGGCUGGGUCUCUGACCCCCUGAACGAACUCUUGGGCCGUCGUGGUGUCAUCUUUGUCGCUGCCAUCUUUUCUCUGCUCGCCCCCUUUGGUAUGGCUGUAUCUCAGACAUGGGGCCAACUCGCAGCGUGCAGAAUGCUUCUUGGCAUCGGUAUGGGCUUGAAGGAAGUUACUGUUCCAGUCUUCUCCGCCGAAAACUCACCAACCUUGAUUCGUGGUGGUCUUGUUAUGUCGUGGCAGGUUUGGACAGCCUUUGGUAAAAAACGAACAGGCAUCUUCCUGGGCACAUGCGCGAACCUUGCUGUCGGCAAGACUGGAGACAUCGCCUGGCGCCUCCAGUUUGGCUCUGCCUUCAUCCCUGCCGUGCCUCUUGUGAUUGGCACAUACUUUUGCCCUGAAAGUCCCCGUUGGUACCUGAAGAAAGGCAAGACCAUCAGUGCCUGGAAGUCACUUCUGAAAUUGCGCAACACACCUCUCCAAGCGGCUCGUGAUCUUUACUACAUUCAUGCGCUCUUGGAGGAUGAGGUUGCUCUCGUCAAGGAGGCUGGCCUCAAGACCACCAACAACAUGGUUACUCGCUUCAUUGAACUCUUCACGAUUCCUCGUAUCAGACGUGCGACUUGGGCGUCUGGUAUCGUCAUGAUUGCACAGCAGAUGUGUGGAAUCAACAUCAUAUCAUUCUACAGCGCUACAAUCUUCAAGGAGAGCGGUAUCAGCGAUUACACUGCACUGUGGGCUAGUUUCGGCUUUGGUCUCAUCAACUUCGUCUUUGCAUGGCCCGCUGUGUGGACGAUCGACACCUUUGGCCGCAGAACGCUCUUGUUGUUCACUUUCCCUAACAUGUUCUGGACUCUACUUGCCGCCGGUCUCUGCUAUCUCAUCGAAAAAGACGUCGAGAGCAGCCAAGCUCGUAUCGCGGCGGUUGCAACCUUUGUGUACUUGUUCGCCGCCUUUUACUCUCCCGGUGAGGGCCCUGUGCCCUUUAUGUACUCUGCAGAAGUCUUCCCGCUGUCUCACCGUGAGAUUGGAAUGUCGUGGGCCGUGGCGACCAACAACUUCUGGGGCUCCAUUCUGUCUCUCACUUUCCCUCGCAUGUUGAUCGCUAUGACUGCAACUGGCGCAUUUUCUUUCUAUGCUGGACUGAACUUGGUCGCUUUAGCGUUGAUCUUUUUAUUUGUCCCUGAGACUAAACAGAAGUCACUCGAAGAACUCGACUAUGUUUUCGGCGUGCCUGACCGGAAACAUGCAUCUUACCAACUGUUUACGGUGUUGCCAUGGUGGACUAGACGCUGGAUCUUCCAGAGAAAGGGUGAGGUUUGCCCACCUCUGUACCAUGACGAGAACACCGAGAACCGCAACGGCGAGGAAUGA